AUGGAGGUUGGUCAGGGUGGAAGGACUGGUGAGCAGAUGGUGCUUAUCCCACCACCUGAAUUACGUUUCCUUUACAAGUUGGGAGAGAGCGGGACUUCAGCUUGGUUAGUCAUCACAGCAGCUGUGAUGGAGGAAGACCGUGGAAAGGUCCCGCUACAAAGGCUAGCAGCCUAUAACUCUACGAAGGCAGCUCUGAAUUUUUCAUCAAUUAUAAGACAAGAGCUUUCCAAAUGGGGAGUGAAAGUUUCUAUCAUCCUACGAGGAUUCCGAACAAGUCUCAUGGGCACGAGUGACAUGUGGGACAAGAUGGAGAAGAAUGUCCUGGAUCAACUCCCCCAAGAGGUGCAGGAGGACUACGGUCAGGACUACUUGUUUCUCAACAAGGACUUCCUCCGGCUCAUGAGUGCCCAGUCCAGUCCGGACUUCACCCCGGUGCUGCAGGACGUCCAGCAUGCUAUUUCUGCUAAGAGCCCUUCUCCCUUCUACGCACCAGGAAAGCUGGCUUACCUGUGGGUCUGCUUUGCCUCCUUUUCCCCUACCUGCUUAUUUGAUUACAUUAUGCAAAAAACGUUUGGCCAAGGAUGCAUCAUGCCCAGGGCGCUAAGCGUGGCUGAUUAG